AUGGAAUUCUACUACAUCGAAGAGCUUUGCAAAUACUCGAGGGAGGGAGACCUAAAAAGUAUCCGCCGUUUGUUGGUCGAACACAAGUUUGAUAAUGAAAGGAUGAGGGAAGCAAUGGAAAAACCAUUGUUUACAGCGUCUGAAUGCGGGUAUCUGGAAAUUGUUCGCUUCUUUGUGGAUUAUGGUGUGAGUAUUACUCGAAAAGAUAAAGAUGAGGAAACUCUAGCAUUUAAAGCAGCUUCCAGCGGAAACGUCGAGCUGGUUAAAUACCUCGUCAACUGCGGAGACGACGUUACUGCAGCGGACGAGUAUCACCGAACAGCGUUACACACAGCAUCAUUCAGAGGAGACCUCUCGAUGGUGAAGUACUUGGCUGAGACUGGUAUGGAUAAGAAUUCAAAAGACAGAGUACAGAGAACUCCAAUGCAUUGGGCUGCGAAAAACGGGCAUACAGAAAUUGUAAAAAUUUUGACUGAAAACAAAGCCGAUUUGAAUGCAAAAGACAAAUGGCAGAGAACUCCAAUGCAUUGGGCAGUGUUCAAAGGGCACACAGAAAUUGUGAAAAUUUUGGCUCAAAAUAAAGUUGAUUUGAAUGUAAAAGACAGAUGGCAGGAAACCCCAAUGCAUUGGGCAGUACAGAAUAGACACACAGAAAGCGUGGAAAUUUUGGCUCAAUAUAAAGCCGAUUUGAAUAUAAGAGAUGAGAUUCAGUUCACACCAAUGCAUUGGGCAGUGUUCAAAGGACACACAGAAAUUGUGAAAAUUUUGGCUCAAAAUAAAGUUGAUUUGAAUGUAAAAGACAGAUGGCAGAAUACUCCUUUGUAUCAUGCGGCUAAGGAUGGAAAGGUCGAAUUUGUGAAAAUUUUGAUACAAAACGAAGCUGAUCUGAAUCUAAAAAAUUCGAAAACGGUAAUCUAUUUCUAUAAAAAUUUGAAAGUGUCUGUAAUCCGAUUGAUUACCACCAAAAUUGUAAAAUCUGGUAUGGUGGAUGGUGAACAGUGUGUGAAGGUUCAGUGGUUACUUCGGGCAGAUGUGAUCGGUAAAUUAAAAGACGACAAUUUUUUACCACAGUUUUUGCAGAGCUUUUUAUGGUUUUUAACGAUUGAAAUUCGACAUAAAGGCUAG